AUGAUAUCUAUAGAUACAUCUCAAAAACUGCCAGGCCUCAGAUACAUAAUAAAAAUAAGAGUUAGUAACAAUGACAGAAGAUCUCAAAAAGUAUUAUCAUCAGCAGAGUAAUAUCUUAAUCUCUUUUUCGAUCCAAGCAGAGAAAUCGAUGCCCCACCUUAUUUUGUACAGUUUAUUCCAAAAGUUAUUACAGCUCCUGGAGAAGUAACAUCUUUCAGUCUUUCAUCUAUAAGAGAUAACUUAUUUGACGACUACAUACUAAUAGUAGACUUUGGUGUAUCUGCUCUGUUUGCUAGUCUCAAAGAUGGUGAAAUUAAAAUAGCACCUUAGGAAGAGAAUAGUGGUCAAACAUAUAGGGUUAAAUUUACUCUAAAGUAGCAUUUGAAGAAGCCGUAUAUUUAGAAUAUAUACUUUCUAGAAAUUGCAGUUAAAGGUGCUUUACGAGAGAAUAAUUUAACUGAAAAUUAAACUGGAAAAUUAAUUUCAACUACCAAUUUUGCCAAAAUUGUAAACAUUAAUGCUACAGGUUUUGUAACAAUAAAAUUUAGUUAUCCGUUAAACAAGCCCAAAGAUUUAUCUGCAAUUAACAAUAAUAGAAUAAGAAUAGAAUUGCACUAUGAGGUUCAGGGAAUUAAUGAACUUAUUGAUUACAGUCUGCUUGAUGUUAGCAGAGAUAAAAUGCUCAUUAGACUAUAUUUCAAGAAUAUAUCAGACAUUUCAAAAUUUUAGGAGUUCCUAGCCAAAUAUCUGAGGCUCUCAUACUUUACAACAUCUUUGGAGCGCAAUAAACUCUUUUUAAAUUCUAUCUCAUUUGCCGAUGAUUGGGAUUAAUGCUCCAGCAAACGUUUAAAUAUUUUUCUCGUAUGUCCUGAAUCUAGCCACCUUCAAUAUAUUUCCAACAGAUGA